CAUUCGAACCGAUUCGUUGUGCGAAACUAAAGAGCGCGCGAACGCAAUCAAGUAAUAAAACGUAAACGAGAGUUUCUGCAAAACAAAAAACACCGCAAAGCGUGCAGCAUGCGAAGAAGCAUAGAGCAAAGCAAAACGAAAUAAAACCAUUUUUGUAGUUUGUGCUGCCGAAAAAAUAACACAAUAAUAUUAAAAUGAAUGCUUAGGCAGCUAUUUCUAUAUAUUUUUUUAACUUAUAACGAUACCGUUGAAAAAGAGUUACGACCGCAACGUAACGUAGUAGUAGUAACAAGUGAAGUUAAUGAAACGUUUUGACGGCUAUUUUUAGUGCGGCUAUCAACUAGAACAGUAAUAAAAGCAACAACAACUAUUACAACUGCCGCUAUGGGUAAUUAGCAAAGCCUAAUUAAAAACAAUAACAACAAGCAUUUCUACUUGUACAACUGCACGUUAAAGCUUUUUUGGCGCUGCUCUUUGACAACAACAACAGAACGUCGUAGUUGUUGUGCAUUUGUAUGCGUGUAUGUGUGUCUGUGUACUCUGCUUUGUAGCUCCACCAACACCACUACUCUGGCACCAAUACAGGAACAACAACAGUAACAACAACAACAACUACCACAGGCAGCAUCUCAAAUUCAUUUGCAUAAAUAUGUGAGGCAGCCAGCCAACGAUAACAACAACAACACAGCAGCAACAACAAGUUUGUAGCCAAAGCUUCACAUAAAACGUGUUAAAUUCUCGCAUUUGCCACCCGCUCUUCCCUGCCCCUCUCUCGCUUACUCGCACAUUCUGUCGCUCGCUCUUCUUACGCUACUCCCUCCAAACACAUUGUGUUUGUUAUUUCGUUUUUGGUAUUUUUUAUGAAGUGCCGCAUGCGUUAAAAGCCAUAUAAAAAUUAUUCGAAUAUACAUAUUUACGUACAAGUGUGUAUACGAGUAUAACCAAAAAGGAAAAAAAAAAACGGAAAUAGUGCAAAAUUAUUGAAAUUUUUGCGUGUGCGUGUCGUGUGUGAGAAAAUUCCAAAUUUGUAACCAAAAUGUUGCCAUACGUUUAGUCUUUGGUUUCUUGUGUUGAUAACUUAAUGCAAACUCUAGCAACAACAACAACAGCAGCAGCAGCAGCAACAACAACCAACAUGUCAACGUCCACCAUAACGACAACAACAACAACAGCGAUAGCAACGGGACGGAGCGCCGACUGUCGAAAAUUCUCGCCAAAUAUCUUCAACAAGAGCAAAUGCAGUCACUGCUUUCGGCAGCGCGAGGAGCACAGCGCGGCCGCCUUGGAAUGCAAUCGGGCCUCGCGAAAGGUUUCCAAAUGCGGUUACUUGUUUGUGGCGCCGGACUGGGACUUCAGCAAUCCACUGUACAGAACAAAGCGCUGGCAGAGACGAUGGUUUGUGCUGUACGACGAUGGCGAGUUGACAUAUUCAGUGGAUGAUUAUCCCGAAACUGUGCCACAGGCGUGCAUUGAUAUGACCAAAGUGCUGGAGGUAACCACCGCCGAGGAUGUGACGGGACACACGAAUUCCAUUGCCAUAACUGCGCCGGAGCGGGUGACCUUCGUGAAGGGCACCAGUCCGGAUGAAUCGCAAUGGUGGCUCAACAUCUUGACCGCCUUCCCCAAAUCGAAGGGUCGCCACAAACGCAGCGCAACACUGCCAGGUGGCCAGGCCACCAGUUUGCUGCAAGCGACAAAAUCCGAUGCGGGUCUUGUGACAACACUCAACAAUCGCCAUAGCUCCUACCACAAGGACACUCUGACGUCAUCCCAGUCGGCCGCCAGUCUACUGAUUGGCAACGAUGGUAGUAAUACGCCCAAUACCAGCACUACUCCGGCCACAACGACAACAACAACGGCAGACAUUGUGGACGAUGAUGAGGAGGAUGAUGGUGUUGAGACCGGCGAGGAUGUGGAUGAAGAUGAGGAGGAGGUCUCAUCGGGUGUCAAGGGCAAAGGCUCCAGCUGCCUAGGCGGUCAGGAUGAAAACAAUCGCAAUGCCGGGAAUGAGAUCACAAGUAGAGUUGCCCAACCAUCCAGCUGCCUGCUAAUCGAGGGUAUUGGACGAGAUGAGAAGACGAUUAAGGAUAUUGCGAACACCAUAACGAACCUAAGUCAGCAGCAGAACAAACGUUGGUCGACGGCAGUUAACAAUGCGCUGAACAAUCAACACCAUUAUCAGCAUCAUGAGUCGGCCAAGUCGGCGUCUCGCGAUGAAACAGAUUUUCAAGUUCAAAGCUCAAAGACGACUGCAUCGCAACAACAACAACAACAACAGCAACAGCAACAAACACAACAAACUGUCAAUCUGAGACCAAAGUCAUUACCGCUGGCAGCAAAUUCAACGCCGGCCAUUGUAUCGGCAAUAGUCAAAAAGAUACCCACGGUUAUGGUGUCGCAACAACAACAAAAGCAGCAACAGCAGCAGCAGCAACAGCAACAGCAGGCUGAGUCGAAUACGAAAAACAGCACCACCCACAAGUGCAAAUCUAGUCCACGCUUGCAACUGCAACUGAAGCAUUUGCAACAACAACAGCAACAGCAGCAGCAACAUUAUCAGCACGAACGCGGCGAUCCCGACGGUGGCUGCAACCUCGAUGAUCUCUCCUCCAACUACUUGGCCAAAACGGCCGAAUUGCGCGCCACAACAACAGCAACCACAACCAGCAACAGCAUAACCAACAUCAGCAGCAGCAGCAGCAGCAACAAGUCAGCGACGACAUCAACAGCUGUUGCUGCGACAGCAUCCUCUGCAUCUCCGGCCUCUGCAGCAACCACAACAGCAUCCGGCAAACAGCAUCAUGCGGCCGAGGAGUCGCUGAAUGCGAAGAAGGGUUGGCUCAUGAAGCAGGAUAAUCGGACGGGAGACUGGACAAAGCAUUGGUUUACACUUAGCGGUGCAGCCUUGUUCUAUUAUCGCGACCCGGUGUCGGAGGAGCGUGGUGUCCUGGAUGGCGUUCUGGAUGUCAAUAGCUUGACCAACGUCCUGCCCGAGCUGAAUGCGAGCAAGCAGUACGCUUUUCAAUUAAUCACCUGGGAUAAGCAGCGCCUGAUGUUGGCCAGCUUGUCGCCCAAUUCCCGAAACAGCUGGGUUGCCGUCUUGCGACAGGCAGCAGGCUUGCCACAACAGCAACAACAGCAGCAGCAGCAGCAGCAGCAGCAGCAGCAGCAACAGCAAUCACAGCCCAUAGAUGUGCCAAAAGCAACGGACAUUGAACAGGACUUCAUUAAGGCGCAGCUGGAGCAAAAGCUGCCCUCGCGUCCACCCAAGGCCCCGCUGAGCGCACACAGCAGUCCCGUGACUCCCACCACGCCGCGAACACCACUCACGGGUCCCCACUUCAGCUCGGAGGAUGAGGAAUAUCGCACUGCCUCCGAGGGUGGGCGUCGGGACAGCAUCGAUUGGGGCUCACCCCUGUCGCCUUCCCCGCCCAUACCGCCGCCUCCGCUGCUGCGUAGCAACAACAACAAGGAACGUUGCAUGCGCACGCGCACAGUGGCGAGCAGCAACAACAGCAGCACCUGUCCGCGUCUGCACAAACGCAGCCGCUCCUCACCCCCGAGCUCACGGCGCAGCACUGUGGACAGCGUGGGGUCUGACGAACUACCACCAUCCUUGCAGCUGCGCAUCCACACCGUGCAGGAAGAGCUGCUAAUUGAUAAGGAGCUAAAGUUUCGACUAAGUACCGCCGAACAGGAAUGCAAUACACUGCGCACGGAGGCUAAGUCUCGUGAGGCGCGUCUCUCGGAGCUGCUCACGACAUUGGAACGCACGGAACAGGAGCUGAACGCACGCAUUCAGGAAAUGGAAAUGGUGCGUGAGCAACUGAAUGCCGAGCUGGCAGCUGCCAAGCAAAAUGCCGCCGAUAUCGUUGAUAGUCUGAGUGUAGAGCUGCAGGAGAGUCAAUCCAAAAUUAAGCAGCUUGAGGACCGAUUGGCGCGCGGCAUCGAGGAGAACGAAACGCUUUAUAAACGUCUGCGUGAAGUUGAGGCGGGCAGCAAUAGUCUGGCAGCCAGUCUCAGUAACUUGAAUCGCCAUAAAAUGAAGCGCAUGGACUCGCUCAGCGAUCUAACAACAAUCAGCGACAUCGAUCCCUACUGCCUAGAGCGAGACUCGCUCGCGGAGGAGUACAAUGAGCUGCGCACACGUUUUGAGAAGGCUGUCAAUGAAAUUAAGGCCAUGAAGCGCGAACUAAAGGAGUCGCAAAACCAGUUCGAUUCACUAGAAAUCUCCUACGCUUCACUGAAGCAAGAUUUGGAGCGCAAGGAGCUGGAGGAUCGAGCCCAGCUGCAAAUGAUGGCAGCGCGCAUUCAGGACCUGACUUUGAAGUACAGCAGUUCCGAGCGACAGGUUCGAGCGUUGAAGCAGAAGCUCGCCAAGUCGGAGAGACGGCGAUCGCUAUCGCUGAAGGGCAAGGAACAGCUGAGUGUAAGCAAAGAGCUGGAACUGAAGGUCAGCGAGCUGGAAAGCAAAUGCGAACACAUAGAAAAGGAUAGCGUUAGUGCAGAAGUCAAGCCUUCAAGUGGGAAAAAGAGUGCGCGUCGGCGUUCCUUGGACUGUUCUACGGGUCCUAGCACAGCGACAGACGCCUCUACACUUAGCUUUUUGGUGCGCGUAAAUGAUCUGGAGAAGCGCUUUGAAAGCAUAUCCGCAUGUUCGACGCCGCCGAGCAAUACAAGCAGCUCCUGCAGUGAAGUGACGACAGGAAUCACUUCACCCAGACUUACAGAACACCUCAUAGAGAGGCUACGCAGCCUGGAGCAUGUGCUUCUGGCCAGCAAGGACAGGCUAGAGCACAGUUUGCAGCAGCUGCAACAGCUAAGAACGCAACGCACCCGUCGCUCCGUAUCACCCAUAACUGAUCGCAAGGAUAGCUAUAGGCACGUGGAGCGCGCUCUCGCCGAAAUAGUCAAGCUGAUACGCGAAUCCUGUGAGACUUGUGUGGUGGCUGGCGCAGUGACGACUGCAAAUCCCACGGAAGCGUUGCUUCUGGACAACGCUAGUCCCGUCAAGCUGGCACUCUCCCAACUCGAGUCACAGUUACGCAAUAAGCUUGCUGAUUUGCUCAAACAACGGCGCAUGCUGCGCGAAAGGAAUGAGCUGACAAAGCGAAAGGAUCUCGAACUGUUAGCGGAACGCGUGGCCUACGAAAGCGUGUGCUUUGGUCGCCUGUCCGAUUCGCUGGCACGCGCUGAGCAACCCGAACGUUUUGGGGCCAGACAAACACGCGCCGAAGUUGCCGAAACAGCCCAUAUGAUGACCAUGUUGAAGGCCAAGCUGAGUGGUAAGUGCGCCUUGAAGGCAGCCAGCGGUACGGUAGAUAUAUUGGCGGGAGUACUGGCGAGGCGCCUCAUACACUCAGCAAACACCACAAGUCCCACCAAGAGCGCUCUCGAGCCCGUGGAUGCCAAUGUGCUGGACGAACUGUUGCGUCAACAGACCGAGCUGAAUGUAAUAGCCAAGCGUUACAAGCACAAGGCAAUGGAUAGUUUGGCAACUGGCCUGGCGGCCGAGACUCUCAGCUACAUGGCAGCCAACGAUCUGGUCCAAGGUGCAGUGCAGGAGGCCUGGCGUCAAGCGCAGGAGACUGUAAAUGCCGAACUGGUGCAGACAGAAAUCGCACACAUUAUGAUGCGAAAUGCGGAGCGUUUUGAACUAAAUAGUGCUCCGGCUUUUGGGUAUGCACUGACGGCACAGGAACGUCUCUGCUUCGAACGUUUUGCCGAUGCGGUGCACGAUACGCUGCGCAAGGAAAUGGAACAGGCAGUGGCGCAGCUGACGCGCUGCUAUGAGCAAGCCUUGCAGCAGCUGAAACGCGGGCAAUGGCAACUCCAUUUGGAGCUGCAGGAGCAAAAAGCCUCGGAGGGUAGGCAGCUGCUGGCAGAAUUUGCGGACAUUGUGGCGCACAAAGCAUUAAUCGAUGCUCGCAUUGCUGUACUUAGAGGGGAAUACAAAGGAGAGGCGUCAGAUGCCUCCACCUCCAGACAAGAGUCCAGUUCGCAGCUCGGCAUCCUUGCGCUGCAAAAGUAUGAGCAACUGUUCGAGGAACUGUCCAGCGAUCUGCAGCUGGAUCAGAGCACAGCCGCCGAUAUGGUCACACAAGCGGACUUUGAGUUCAUGUACAAACAACACACGCUCAAUUUCCUAAGUGAUCGCCAAGUGCUCUCAGAUAUAAGCAAUUUCCUGGGCCAACUCGAGGACUCUCUGAUCGCGCUGCAAUGUGAAGCGGCCACGACAACAGCGAGCACACCCAGAGCUGCCAUCGAACUCGAAUGCCUGCAAGAUGUCUGCCAUAAAUGUUGCGAGCUGCGCCAGCGAGCCGAUCAGCUGCAACAGCAGGUGCAGAGAAAGUUGAGCGCUCCCUGCUCCCACUGCAUACAACUGGGCGCUCAGCUGUGCACCCUGGAGAGCGAGCUUGUGCGCCAGCAGCAGAGUCACACCAAUGAACAGACCAAGCUCAUGCAACAGUUGGAGCAACAGCGCGCAUCCAUGAAGCAAAUGGAGAGCACACAAGAAGCGCUCAACAGCGAUUUGCAUUGCAGCGAGGAGUUGAUCGAUCAGAGAGAGCGCGAAUUGCUGGCAGUGCAACAGCAGCUCGAUGCGAAUGCCCAGGAGCUGAAAGCCCAUCAGGCAAUGCAUGCGGAACUCUCGCAACGUCUUGAAACAGCCGUGGAGAAGACCCAAAGCUACCAGGAGGAGAGCGACGCUUUAAUCAUGAAGUGUGCGCGUCAGGACGAGCAAUACGCACUACUGCUGCAAGAGAGAGACACACUGAGUGCCGCACUGGGCAAGGAGCAGGAGCGAUGCAAGCGCUUUGAGAAACGCCUAGAGUUGCUCGAACUGGAGCAUGGCAAGCAGUUGGAGUGCCUGCAGGAGGCCUAUCGCGACCAGCUGCUCACACACGGAGCCGAUUUCAGCAAUUUGACCGACGAUGAGAGCUUCAGACAACGCUAUCAAACCGAAAUCGAACAGUUAAGGACGCUCUGCGAAAAGGGUCUAACUGCCAUGGAGUCAUCGCAUCGUCGCAUAAUUGGGGAUCUCGAGGAGAAGCACAAGCUGGAAAUCGAGCGGUUGCUGGCAGAGAAGGAGACAGCACUGGCCGAAGAGACACAGGCAACUCUGGCCGCGCUCGAUGCCAUGCGCAAAGCCCACCAGAGCGAGGUGCAACGCGAGGUCGCUCGCUUCAAGCAGGAAUUCUUGCGACAGGUGCAACGAGGAGAACACAUUUUGAGCGACACUGGCAAACUCAAAGAGGAGGAGCUUGAAGAGUUGCGCCAAGAGAUUCUUUCGUUUUCCGAGAAAUACUCCAUAAAAUGUGUCGAAAAUGCAGCCCUCGAGGAGAAAUUGCGUGUUGCGAACGGCAAAUUGCGGCAUUUCCAGCAAAUGCAGCAGCUAGAGCUGAGAAAUAAACAAUUUCGCGCCCAUUUGGCCUCUGAAGAUCCAUCGAGUGAUGUGAAUUUUGUGCAGGGACUAAGCACAGGAUCAAAGGACGACGCUGCUUGUCAAGACAGUGAGUGUGCACCGAGUACAACAACAAGAACAACCACAACAACCACUGCAACAAUGCCAAUGCCAACGAUCCCAAUUACCAAACCAAUGAAGUUGGAGCAAAGCCUAUUUGUAAUACCCUCCCAUAUGCUAAAGAAUCGUUAUCAGGCGGCGCCUGUCACUGGCGCUCGUGAUUCCAACGGCGAUGACCUUGAAAAUUGGCAACGAAUGCGCUACGAGCCGUGCUAUAAGCCAAAUGAUAUAUUUGCCAUCUAUCAGAACCGUUUGAAUUUUCAAGGUCUGAAAAGCAACUCCACAUUUGGCAAGAGCUUGAAAACAGUCAAGCAGCUGGAGAACUGCACGAAGGCCCUGAGUACCACAAGAACAUCACCAACAUCAUCACAGACAGUAACAACCAACAAAAAUAACUCGAGUCACGAGCAAAUGUUUAAAAGUGCAGCAAUUAUUAACAUAAACCCAGAACAACAACAACAAAGCGAUAUGAACAAAUGUUAAAUAACAUCAACGUGACAAAACAAAAAUGCAUUAAAACAAAACAAACAAUCUACAAAUAGGAUGAAAAAAAAAAAACAAUGCAAUAAAACCAAGAGCAAACAACAGAACCAGUGGAACAACCAAAGAAUUAUUAGUGCUAAUACAUAUAAUAAUAACAAAUAAUUCAUAAUUAUAACUAUUUAAACAUAUAUUUAACAUUUCAACACUAACCAAAUGCAAGCGCAAAAUUCAACAACAAGAAAAAAGAUUUAAAAAUCAAAUAAUCAUGUAAAUACAAAAUAAUAGAAGCCGUUAACAUAAUAAAUAGCAGAGCAUCGGCAACUGUUAGACCUGCUGUUACCUAACAGCGUGCCCAGCAUGUUAAGUGUUGAUGACGAUGAUAGUGAUGAUGAUGGUGAGAUGGUGAUGAUGAUGUUGGUGGUGUGUUGUGGAUGGCAGCUCAGGCAACAGCAACAGCGACAGCGACAACACCAACAAACACAACAACAACAGCAGCAACAACAUUUUAUUUGUACACUAACAUCGACUGUUCACCCCCCUCCGCUUAUGCUUGGAUGGGACGUCGAGCAACGAAAACCAACUAAACAAAUAACAGUAACAACAACAACAACUACUACAAAAACAACAUCAACCACAACAACUGCUUCAUCAAAGCCAAACCGCAGCUGUUUCUACAUUUUAUAAAAUAUUUGCUCACAUUUGUGUUUAUAGCUUAAAUUUUUGUAUUGACAAACAAAAAUUAUAACAAUAAUAAUAAUAACGAGUUUGCAAUUUAAUUUAUUUCUCUAUCAACAUGCAUACAUAUUCUCCAUUAUAUACCCAUUUUCUAUGUCCACAAAAUGUGUCAUUUACUUGUUUAGUCUUAAUGUUAUCUAUUAAAUCAUUAAAUCGCUCUCAUCUGGAUGGCGAGUCUUACGAAAUUUCUGUUAGUCUUUAGGCUCUUCUUUCUUCUAGUACGUAGUACGCAUACAUACUUACAUACAAAUGUACAUAUGUAUGUGAUUUGUUUCGUUUGUAUAGCAUACAUAUAUGCUUGAAUACAUACAUACUUAUAUCGAAAUUGUUUUCCACACGCAAAUACAUAUGUAUGCAAUAUUUAUAGUUAUAUACGACAUGCAUUAUACAUAUAUGCUUAAAAAUAAACACACAUACAUAUAUGAGUGUACACAACACACAAAUACGUGUUUGUUUUGUUAACCAUUGGUAUUCGAUUUUGAAAAUAUAAUAAAAACACAAUAAUACACAUUUUACUCAAAGCGAAUGAAUUUCAACAGCAUGUGUAACUGUUUG